AUGGCCCGUGUACCCAAUCUUAGAAAGGAUACUGAUAUGUUGGACAGAAAAUCAAAGGCUUGCGUUGACAAUGAUGAACAUCAAAAGAGUAUUUCCACCGCCCAUGAACUGAGCCGUGAACAACCCAAAAGUCAAUGGAAUCCUAGCGAGCAAAUUGAUGGUCCCCAUCCUGCAUGCUUUCUUGCAUAA